AACCCCUACCUACCGUGCUCACACAUACAAUCGACUGUCACCACCUCUCCCUACCCAAGAUAUUCGCCUACCUGCCCCAGGUAGCCAAUAUGAUAGCUACCUGCCUAUAUUGUGUAGAUAGCUCAAGUCAUGUUACGAGCAUUUACAUGCAUGUAUGCAUUUGUACUUCCAUUGUCAACAGUCUAUGAAGCCUCUCUUGUGACAAAAGCCUUCUUUUCUACUCUCUCCCUAGUCAGCCGGCCGUCUUCGCUGCAUCGCUCUGACUGCAACUUGGCUGCGCCGGCGACUUUGUUGCUUGUGUUGCGCAGCCAACUUAAAAAGAACCAACUACCUCGCCUUAUUUCCGACCCAUUGCCACUCUGCCGCCAAAAGAGAGGGUUGACAGGUCACGGUUGUGGUGUUGAUCCACAAACUCCUGCAUACCCCUGGGGAGCCAAUGAGUUACUGAGUUGGGGGGUUGAGUUUAUGGCCGCCGCCGUGGGCGAGGGGGAGAGGGGGAGAGCGAGGGGAGAGGAGGCGGGAGCAUGGGGGUCCGAGUUUGACCGACCGCAGCGAAGACACCGACAACGCCGGGUCCCCGUCUCACCCACGGUCGUGGUAUCCCUCGAUCUCUACUAUGCAGUAACUUGUCAAUAUCCCCCGGAUCCCUCAGCCUCUUGUCGACAUCCUUUCUCAGAUUUCCCCGGCGCCUGCAUCCCAUAUCGUCAACAAUCCAAGCCAUCCAUCCUGUGGCGUGUCGGUAUCCCGUAGCAUCAGCUUAAUUUUCUUGGUCUGUGAUGUUAGAGAUGCAGACAGCAGGUGGGCAGACAUUUGGUCAGGGGCGAGCAGUGGUGAAAAGUAGUAUUGCUAGGAUUUCGGAAAACACAGUGGUCCAAGUCCUCUAGCAAGCCUGCAUCGCAAACAAUCGGCCAUGCCUCUGUUUAUUGCCAUCC